GAGAACUAUAAAUUGCGCCAAUUAAUAUCAAUUCGAGUUAAACGUGAACAUGCAAAAUCCAACAUUUCCUGCAUUUUCACUUUCUCACCCUUUUCAAAAUAUAUGCUAUUUAAUAAUGCCUUUUCCAUAAAUUUCUUGAUCCCCCUUUUGGAUUCAUUCAGGAAGAUCUAAAAUGGGAGGCAUUUUGUUGCCUGGUGCAGUUUCUGGUAUACCGCCCAGCUAUCAUUAUUUUUGUUCAGCUUCACUUGAUAAGAAUGUUCCACAUUCUAGUAUCCUCCAUCAUCCUCUUAUCUUUCCCAGCUCCUAUACAUGGAAAAGGAGACUAUUUUAUAAUGGCAGUUGGCACUGUAAAUCAAGAACCGUUGUUUUAUCAAGUAUGCAGGAGGAAUCCAAUGACACCUUUACAGGUGUGGUCAACAGUGGCGAUGAUCUUUCAUCACAGAGAGCUCAAGUAUUGGAGGAUGAAGAAAAUGAGUUAGUAGCAGCUAAGAAAGCUCUUUCUGAUGUCCGAUCCAAACAAGAAACACUUGAGAAAGAAAGAGAUCUGUUACUUGAAGAAUUGGCUCGGUCUGAGGCUAAGCAGAAAGAGUAUGUGGCUACCAUAUUGCAGGAUAAGGAAUUGGCAAUUUCAGAACUUGAGGCUGCUAAGUCUCUGUUCCAUCAGAAGCUGCAGAAGACAGUAGAAGAGAAGUUUGCUUUAGAAUCUAGGCUGGUCCUUGCAAAACAAGAUGCUGUGGAACUUGCAGUGCAAGUUGAAAAGUUGACAGAGAUUGCUUUUCAGCAAGCAACAUCUCACAUUCUGGAAGAUGCCCAAAUGAGGGUCGCUGCUGCUGAAACUACUGCUGCUGAAGCAGCUUUCCAGAUUGAAGAACAAAUUAGGAAUGCAACUGAAGGUACCAUAUUCACAAUUGUUCAACAGUCAAAAGAUGCCAUAGACAAGGCCUUGGAUGUGGCAGAAAAAGCUGGUGACCAUGCAGCAAAAGCUGUGGCUAUCUUUUCUGAUGGUGCUAAUCCAUUUGAUGAGAUUGCUUCCAUCAAAUCAGAGAACAUUAGAUUAGAAGGUGUUGUAAAUGAUUUAGAAUCUCACUUGUUGAUUACAAGAAGCGAGAUUGAUAAGUUGAAGGCUGAGUUAGACCAAGUUCGUUCACAAGCAAAAGCCUCUGAAGUCCGAGCUAACAAUGCUGAGAAAACAUUACUUGAAUUUCAAAAAUCAAACAGGGAAAAGGCUAUGCAGCAGGAGGAGGAAAUUAGCUCUUUGCUGGAGAAAAUGAGGAAGGAUGCUUCAGAAAGAAAGAAGGCAGCAUCUAAGGCCUUUAAGUCUGAGGUGGAAAGCAUCAAGGCUGCCAUUGAAGCUGCUAAAGAAACAGCACGCUCAAGAGAAAAUGCAUACAUGAGGAGAUGUGAAUCAUUGCAGAGAUCAUUAAGGGCCUCUGAAUCUGCUUUAAAGAUGUGGAGGCAGAGAGCAGAAAUGGCAGAGUCACUAAUUUUAGAUGCAGAAAAGGAUGAAGAUUCCAUCUCUAUAGUUAAUGGUGGGCGUAUAGAUCUUUUAACAGAUGAUGAUUCACAGAAAUGGAAACUGUUGAGUGAUGGCCCUCGUAGAGAGAUGCCUCAAUGGAUGGCCAGGAGGAUCAGGACUAUCCGUCCCAAGUUCCCACCAAGAAAGACUAAUAUAUCUGAAGCAUUAACAAAAAACUUUAGACAUUUGGAUUUGCCCAAACCUGAUGAAGUAUGGUCAAUUGCUCAAGAAAAGCCAAAGGUUGGGGAUACACUGAUUGAGCAUGUAAUGGAGAAAGAAACCAUAGAGAAAAAGAGAAAGGCUUUAGAGCGGGUUCUUCAACGGAAGACCAUACAAUGGCAGAGGACCCCAGAACAUACCAAAUUAGAACCAGGAACCGGUACGGGACGUGAGAUUGUGUUUCAAGGUUUCAAUUGGGAAAGCUGGAGAAGACAGUGGUAUGUGGAGUUAGCUACUAAAAUGGCUGAUUUAUCUCAAUGUGGAGUAACAGCAGUGUGGCUCCCACCUCCUACAGAGUCUGUUGCUCCUCAAGGUUAUAUGCCUUCAGACCUCUACAACUUGAACUCAGCCUAUGGUACUGAGGAAGAACUGAAAUAUUGCAUAGAGGAAAUGCAUUCUCAUGAUAUUCUGGCCUUGGGAGAUGUUGUACUAAAUCAUCGAUGUGCACAGAAACAGAGUCCAAAUGGUGUAUGGAAUAUUUUUGGAGGCAAACUUGCGUGGGGGCCCGAAGCAAUAGUUUGCGAUGAUCCGAACUUUCAGGGUUGUGGAAAUCCUUCAAGCGGCGAUAUCUUUCAUGCAGCUCCGAAUAUUGAUCAUUCCCAAGACUUUGUGCGGAGAGACAUAAAGGAAUGGCUUAAUUGGCUUCGAAAUCAUAUUGGUUUUGAUGGGUGGCGCCUUGACUUUGUAAGAGGUUUUUCUGGCACAUAUGUCAAAGAAUAUAUUGAGACUUCAAAUCCUGCAUUUGCUAUAGGAGAAUACUGGGAUAGUUUAGCGUAUGAACACGGUAGCUUGUGUUACAAUCAAGAUGCUCAUCGGCAAAGGAUAAUCAAUUGGAUCAAUGCCACUGGGGGUACUUCCUCAGCCUUUGAUGUCACAACAAAGGGCAUUCUCCACUCUGCUCUGCAUAACCAAUAUUGGAGGUUAAUUGAUCCUCAAGGAAAGCCAACAGGAGUGAUGGGAUGGUGGCCUUCACGUGCUGUCACAUUUUUAGAGAACCAUGAUACAGGAUCAACUCAGGGACACUGGCCAUUUCCAAGAGAUAAACUAGCACAAGGAUAUGCAUAUAUUUUGACCCAUCCUGGAACGCCUGUGAUAUUUUAUGACCAUUUCUACGAUUUUGGGGUCCGAGAUAUCAUAACCGAGCUGGUUGAGGCUAGAAAACGAGCUGGUAUCCAUUGUCGGAGCUCUGUCAAGAUAUACCAUGCCAAUAAUGAAGGUUAUGUUGCACAGAUUGGUGAUACACUAGUCAUGAAGCUUGGAGAUUUUGAUUGGAAUCCCUCCAAGGAAAAUAAUCUGGAUGGAAGCUGGCAAAAGUUUGUUGACAAAGGAGCAGAUUAUCAGCUGUGGUUAAGACAGUAGUCUGGUUUAAUGUCAAAAAAUAGAUUUUCUCUUAUUUAAAAGCUUGUAUCAUUGCUAAAGGUAAUAAUAAAUGGUUGUAACUCUUAAAUCAACUUUUGACUUGCUUAUAAUAAUACCCUUUUGAAAUGCUA